CUUAAACCAUGCCCCACUCCUUCGGUCUUAGAGCGCGUACCCGCGAUAAGUUCUCCAAGGGCUUCAGGGAGAAGGGUCUUCCCAACCUUACCCGCUACUUGACCCCCUUCAAGCGUGGUGACUUCGUUGACAUUGUUGCCGAUGCCUCCAUCCAGAGGGGUAUGCCCUACCAGUUUUACCACGGCCGUACUGGUGUCGUCUUCAACGUCACUCAGAAGGCUGUCGGUGUUGAGGUGACCAAGGUCGUCGGCAACCGUCAGCUCCGCAAGCGUCUUCAUGUCCGUAUUGAGCACGUCCGCAAGUCUCGCUGUAACGAGGCCUUCCUCAACCGCGUCAAGGCUAACGAUGCCCUCAAGCAUGACGCUAAGGUCAAGGGCGAGAAGGUCAUCACUAAGCGUGAGACCCCCGGCAUGCCCAAGUCCGGCAAGAUUGUGAAGGUCGGCCGCAGUGGUGAGACCAAGGUCCAUGUCUUGGAGGCUCUUCCCUACGUCGAGAACUACUUCUAAGCUGCUGUUGCUCAAUGAUGAUAUUGACGAAAUUGGAGCGGGUCUCUUGCCGAGGAAUCACAGGCUGA